UCGGCGCCGGGCAGCCCGGCAGUGUGUGGCGAGGCGGGCGGGCAGGCAGAGCCGCUCCGCUCCGCUCCUCUCCCUUCCCGGCCCCCGCCGCCGCCGCCAUGCCGCCGCCGCCCGGCCCCCGCCGCCCCGCCGCUUGCUUCAUCCUCCUCUUCCUCUUGCUGUUGCUCCGCCGGGCGCUGGCCGCCGCAGGGCUGGAGUACAGCGACGUGCUGCCCGACUCCUUCCCCUCGGCCCCGGCAGAGACCCUCCCUCACUUUCUGCUGGAGCCGCAGGACGCCUACAUCGUGAAGAACAAGCCGGUGGAGCUCGUCUGCCGCGCCAACCCUGCCACCCAGAUCUACUUCAAGUGCAACGGGGAGUGGGUUAACCAGAAUGACCACGUCACCAAGGAGAGCCUGGACGAGGUCACCGGGAUGCUGGUGCGGGAGGUGCAGAUCGAGGUCUCCCGGCAGCAAGUGGAGGAGCUCUUCGGCUUAGAAGAUUACUGGUGCCAGUGCGUGGCCUGGAGCUCCGCGGGCACCACGAAGAGCCGCAGGGCAUACGUCCGCAUAGCGUACCUACGGAAGAACUUUGACCAGGAGCCGCUGGGCAAGGAGGUCCCGCUGGAGCACGAGGUCCUGCUGCAGUGCCGCCCACCCGAGGGGGUGCCGCAGGCCGAGGUGGAGUGGCUGAGGAACGAGGAUGUCAUCGAUCCCACCCAGGACACCAACUUCCUGAUCACCAUCGAUCACAACCUCAUCAUCAAGCAGGCCCGGCUCUUGGACACUGCUAAUUACACCUGCAUGGCCAAGAACAUCGUGGCCAAGCGCCGGAGCACCACGGCCGCUGUCAUCGUCUACGUGAACGGUGGCUGGUCCACCUGGUCCGAGUGGUCUCCUUGCAACAACCGCUGUGGCCGGGGCUGGCAGAAGCGCACCCGCACGUGCACCAACCCUGCGCCGCUGAACGGCGGCUCCUUCUGUGAUGGGCAGCCUUUCCAGAAAAUCACCUGCACCACCCUCUGCCCAGUGGACGGCGCGUGGACGGAGUGGAGCAAGUGGUCGGCGUGCAGCACCGAGUGCACCCACUGGCGCAGCCGCGAGUGUGCCGCCCCGGCCCCCCGCAACGGCGGCAAGGACUGCAGCGGCGUGCUGCUCGACUCCAAAAACUGCACCGAUGGGCUCUGCCUGCAGAAUAAAAGAGUUCUAAGCGAACCCAAAAGCCACCUGCUGGAGGCCACAGGCGACGUGGCCCUGUACGCCGGGCUGGUGGUGGCCAUUUUUGUCUUCAUCGUGAUCCUCAUGGCUGUGGGGGUGGUGGUGUACCGGAGGAGAUGCCGGGAUUUCGACACGGACAUCACGGACUCAUCAGCCGCUCUGACCGGAGGCUUCCACCCUGUCAACUUCAAGACCUCCCGGCAUGACAACCCGCAGCUGCUGCACCCCUCGAUGCAGCCGGACCUGACGGCCAGCGCGGGGGUGUACCGCGGCCCCAUGUACGCCCUGCAGGACUCCUCCGACAAGAUCCCCAUGACCAACUCCCCCCUGCUGGACCCCCUCCCCAACCUCAAGAUCAAGGUGUACAACUCCUCCACCGCCUCCUCCUCGCCGGGGCUCCACGACGGGACAGACCUGCUCGGGGGGGUCCCCGCCACCGGCACCUACCCGGGGGACGCCACCAGGGACGGCCACUUUGCGAACGUGCGGAGCAAAGCCCUGGGCUCCCAGCAUCUCCUCAACUUGCCCCGGGAGCACGGCAAUAGCGCCAGCGGCACGUUUGGCUACCUGGGGGGAAGGCUCACCGUACCGGGCACUGGGGUGAGCCUGCUGGUGCCCCACGGGGCCAUCCCCCAGGGGAAGUUCUACGAGAUGUACCUGGUCCUCAACAAGGCAGAGAGCGCCCUCCUGCCCUCCGAAGGCACGCAGACGGUGCUGAGCCCGGCGGUGACCUGCGGACCCACCGGCUUGCUCCUGUGCCGUCCCGUCGUCCUGACCAUUCCUCACUGUGCCGACGUGGGCUCCUCAGAUUGGAUUUACCAGCUGAAAACACAGUCCCACCAGGGAAACUGGGAGGAAGUUGUGACCCUGGAUGAGGAGACCCUCAACACUCCCUGCUACUGCCAGCUGGAAGCCAAGUCCUGCCACAUUUUGCUAGACCAGCUUGGCACCUACGUCUUCGUGGGAGAGUCCUACUCCAGGUCAGCCAUCAAAAGGCUCCAGCUGGCAAUCUUUGCCCCCACCGUUUGCACCUCCCUGGAGUACAGCCUCAAGGUCUACUGCUUGGAGGACACGCCAGAUGCUCUGAAGGAGGUGCUGGAGCUGGAGCGGACGCUGGGCGGGUACCUGCUGGAGGAGCCCAAGUCCCUGCCCUUCAAGGACAGCUACCACAACCUGCGUCUCUCCAUCCACGACAUCCCCCAUGCGCUGUGGAGGAGCAAGCUGCUAGCCAAAUACCAGGAAAUCCCCUUCUAUCACAUCUGGAGCGGCAGCCAGCGAGCCCUGCACUGCACCUUCACGCUGGAGAGGUACAGCCAGGCCUCCACCGAGCUCACCUGCAAGAUCUGCGUCCGGCAGGUGGAAGGGGAAGGGCAGAUCUUCCAGCUCCACGUCACGCUGGGAGAGCACGCCAGCUCCUUCGACACCCUCCGCUCCCACCACAGCGGUGCCGCCACCACCACCACCCAGCUGGGACCCUACGCCUUCAAAAUCCCCCUCUCCAUCCGGCAGAAGAUCUGCAACAGCCUGGAUGCUCCCAACUCCAGGGGAAACGACUGGAGACUUCUCGCCCAGAAGCUUUCCAUGGACCGGUAUCUGAACUACUUUGCCACCAAAGCCAGCCCCACCGGGGUGCUCCUGGACUUAUGGGAAGCCGAGCACCAAGACGACGGCGAUCUCAACACCCUGGCCAGUGCCUUAGAAGAGAUGGGCAAGAGCGAGAUGCUGGUGGUCAUGGCCACGGAAGGGGACUGCUGAUGAUGCUCCCCACGGCUGGCUGGCCAGGAGGACGAAACGGGGAGGGGGACGAGGUGGGGGGACCCUUCCCCGACGGCGGGGGGAGGCACAUCCAUCCCUGGGCAGCGGCUGAGCGAGGAAGGGCCGAGGCCGUCGCUUCGCCCUCCCUCCCCGCAUCACUGUCAGCCUUAGAGACCCAUCCUCAGCGUUUACAAGCAAUUCAAGUGUUACGCAGCAUUCCUCCUCCUCCUCCUCCUCCUCCUCGUGGCGUGGGGAGGAAUUAGGGCUUCUCAAGUCGGGACGGGGGCUUUCCUUCUCCUUCUUCGUUUAGGUUUCCCUCUUCCUCCUUUAAUAGCAUUUCUGCGUUGAAGAGACGAGUACAAUCUAGGCGAACGGCUUACUUCUGUCAAAAGCUUCAGACAGCUUAACAAGGCAAAUAAGAAAGAAAAAAGGAAAAAAAAAAAGUUUCUUAGGAAACGCAAAUAAUUUAUUAUCCAGAUCUUUGGAUGAGUCCUUUUUAAAAAAAAAAAAAAGAAAAAAAAGAAAAAAAAAAAAGACAGAUUUAUAAAUCUUUUUUUGUGCGUGAGAGCAAGAGCGUUGCUGUGGUCGGGGUGGCAGAGAGAGAGAGAUUUAAAUGAACACACUUUUGUAGGGAAAAGCGUGCGAUCCAAGUUGAGCAAAACGUGUUUACAUGUCCUGGGACCCCCAGGGAGUCUGUAGGGUGAAGUGCCUCUACGCCCCUCUGGUUCAGGGCCAGCUGAGACCCUCCCCAAGAUUUUUUCCUUGCAAACUCCCCUUUCCCCAGCAGCAAUGCCCAGCGGAGCGAGGGAUCCCCCUCCGCCUGCCAGGAGGGAUGAGGGAUGCUGCCCUGCAUUUAGGGUUCGGGGAGGGGGGGGGAGUGCAACCAGGUAUGGGUAUUUUUAAUGACUUCUUCCCUGGCAUCGUUUGGGGGAGCUUUUUAGGAUGACUACACCUUCAUUUACAUAACUUCAGUACAAACCAAAGAGUUCAGUCCUGCACCAAGCUACCGACCCACAGGCCAAAGGGGGGAUGUUUUAAACCCGUCAGGAUUUUGCAGUGAGCACCCCAAACCUGGGCUCAGGGGUCAGAGGGGGGUGACGAGCAGCUAGUGGAGGGGUCCAGGGAGAGCAGAGGGCUGGCGAGCCAGGAUGCGGCCCCUCGCGAACCGCGUCGGUCUCGGGUCCGUGCACUCGCGCCUGGUUUUUGAUGCAGUAUUUCAGCAGGGAUUCGGGGAGGGAGACUUUGGUAUCUGCAAGUUGCAAGCCAGGCUGAGCGUUUUCACGCGGAGGACGGCAUCGUAAGCGGUGAUCGGGUUUCCAUCCUCUCAUUGCAGCUCCUUUUUUUCCCUGUAACAGACUUUAUAUAACGAUGGAGAAGUUGUGGGAUGAAUGGAAAGUAAUCAAGGGGUAGACAGGAACGAGGUUCCUCACAAAGAUACGGUGUCUCAAUGAAGGUAAAAAUUUAGAUUGCCUGCAGAUAGAAAUAGUUACUCAGCGAGUGCUAUAUCUUAGAAAUGUGUCUGUUUUUAAAAAAAAAAAAAAUAGGAAAGGGAUUGUAAGCUCAGGAUUAGAC